GUAUAAAGGCUGAAAUGAAAGUUGUUUACCACACCAUCACAGUUCAUAAUGCUUGUCAGUAAUUUAUUGGUAUAAUACAAAGCAAGUGUUAAUAAUGUAUGCAGUAUACAUUAAUUUUUUAAACUAAAUUUGUUAACAGUGGAAGAAAUCCUUUACCGUAAUGGAUUUGUCUUGCAAGGAUGUUGAGGACUUCACAUAUGUGCAGCAGGAUGGAGAUGAUGUGAUCUUUCCUACAGCUGUUUCUGAAGAACAGUUGAAGGAAGCAAGAAAGAAAUCCCAAAGACUGGUCAUUGGAUCUAACAGCAUAUGUAAUUUGCUAGAAGAUAAUGGAGAUGAAGGACAUCUGCAGGGCAAGCUAAUACUUGGACAGAGAGCAUCAGAACACUAUCAUAAAGGUUUGGAAGCAAAUUCUCAUGGAGACUGGGAGAAGUCAGUUAUAUGUUUCACCAAAGCAAUCAACCUACAUCCACAUAAAGCACAACUCUACAUAUGCAGAGCCGAAGCCUACCUGCAGCUGUGUGACUUCCAGUCUGCCACAUUGAAUUAUAGGAAGGCGUGUGAGUUGGACACAUGCACUGAAUUUUUCCAAAGCCGUUUUGCUUUCAUCUUCUAUUUUCAGGGACAAUGUUUGUUUGACCAAGGCAUGUAUGUAGAUGCUUUGGAGUCAUUUGCAAAAGCCUUAGAACUGAGACCUGAUAACUACAUAUACCACAUCAGAAGCUUAGCUUGCCUUGCAUGUUUAGGCAAACAUGGCGAAUGCUUAACACUGGUAAACAAGAUGCUUGAGAAAGAAACUGGAAAACCAGAACUAUAUAUUCUAAGAGCAAGACUGCACAAGCAUUUAAAUCAUGUGACUCUGUGUUACCAUGAUGUGAAAACAGCCCUUACUGUGUUUCCAAAUAGUUUGGAAGCACAAUCUUUAUUAAAAGAGUUGAAUGAAAGUGCAGAGAAAGCCUUUGAUGAAGCCAAAAGCCGACUUGUGAUGGGAAAGCUGCAUGAAGCUCUGCAAAAAAUCAAUACAGCACUGGAAAACAAUCCUGAAAAUGUCCAGUAUUUUCUAUUUAGAGGGAUUCUGUACAGGCAACUCAAGGAUUUCAGUGCUGCAAUUGACAGCUUGGUUCUUGCUCUGGAAGAGACCAACGAUUUGAAGGAAAACUCCAUUCAGAUUGAGGCAGAGAAACAACUGAUUGUCACCUACAAUGACUUUGCUGUAUUCUGUUUCACCCGUGGGUUUUAUGAUGAGGCUGUUAUGCUCCUUAACAAGGCCAUUAAAGAAGAGAAGAAUGAAAAGGGUCUAUAUCUCAAUAGAGGAGACUGUUAUUUCAAGAUGGGCGAGUUGGUUUUUGCCCUUGAAGAUUACAGGCAGGCAGAAGAAAUCGACUCCUCUGACCAAACCAUCCAUGUCCGCAUUGCGGUGGUCCACAAGACAUUAGGGUUGGAGCAUUACAAGCAAGGGAAGUACACUCAAGCAGUUGAAAAUCUCUCCAGUGCUAUCGAGUACAGUCCAACAAUGUCAGAUUAUUAUCAGAACAGAGCUAAUGCCAAGUACAGGCUUUCAGACAUGGAUGGGGCAAAGGAUGAUGCAAUCAUCUCAUUGAUUCUGGACUCCAGAAAUAAGCAGGUACAGCCUCUGAUCUCCCAGCUAUUUCCUGGAUGGUCACUAGAAGAGGUCUUGUGCAGCAAGGAAUCAGUGAUAGCAAAAGAGAAGCUGAGAACCAGUUUGAAUGUGAAAAAAGAUCAGUCGUCGUCUUCUAGGAAUAUUAAAGAAGCCAAUAUUCUGCAGAAAGAACCAGAUUGUAAUUCAACACUUGGGAAAGGAAUUGUCGCAUGUAUAGAGGAAAAGGAUCUCUAUAAAGAAAUUGUGAACAGCAAAAUAAAGAUAAAUCAAGCUGUCAAGGCUGCUCUACACGAUCGAAUUCCUCUGCACAAAGAAGGAUCCAAGAUUGCUGCUGUGGUUGAAACUUUACCAGAACCAUCAGAGGCGACUCUCUCAAAUAAGCCCUACCACUGGAGAAAGUUUGGAUUGGGAGUAGGAUUACUAAGAUAACUGGGAACAUUAGGGG